AUGAAUUGCUACGUGUCACUACAAUUUCUCUUGGGACUGGCUCAACUAUGUCCCUGUCACACAGAUAUGACCAACUCUGAAAUGCAUGAGAUGAACCAGCCACUAGGAUCUCAUUUGAGAGCAAAGCGGAGCUGGGUGUGGAAUCAUUUUUUUGUGCAAGAGGAACUGACAGGAAUUGAUCAUCAUGUUGGCCGGGUGAGACUUAAUUUUGACAAUAGGGAUGGAUCUUUGAUAUAUGUAUUGUCUGGGGAAGGAGCUGGGAGUAUUUUUACCAUUAACAACAGAACGGGUGACAUAACUGCCAUAAAGAAGCUUGAUAGAGAGGAAAAAUCCUACUACAAACUAAACGCCCACGCAAUAAAUGUUGUAACUGGGGAGACUCUGGAACCUAAAUCUGAAUUUGUCAUCAAAGUUCUGGAUAUCAAUGACAAUCAACCAGAGUUCCUAGAUGGACCUUAUGAGACCAGCAUACCAGAGAUGUCUCCAGAAGGAACUUCGGUUAUCCAGGUGACAGCUACAGAUAAUGAUGAUCCUUCACAUGGGAAAAAUGCUAGACUCAUUUACAGUAUACUACGGGGACGACCCUAUUUUUCUGUAGAACCAACGACAGGAGUCCUUCGGAUUUCUUCACAAAUGGACCGAGAGGCUAAAGAUCAAUAUUUAGUUGUUGUUCAAGCCACAGACAUGCUUGGUCUUCCAGGAGGACUUUCUGGAACAACAACUGUCACAAUUAAUCUAUCAGAUGUCAAUGAUAACAGACCUAUAUUUCAAUUUGGUCUCUACCACAUGAAUGUCUCAGAAUCUUCACCGAUUGGAACUUCCAUAGGAGUAAUUAUGGCAGAAGACAGUGACAUAGGUGACAAUGCAAAAAUGAAUUACAGUAUUGAAGAUGGUUCAUAUGUCUUUGAAAUUAUCACCAAUAAUGAGACUCAGGAAGGAAUAGUUAUAUUAAAACAGAAAUUGGAUUAUGAGCUCCAACGACAAUACAGUGUUCGAGCAAAGGUUACCAAUAGCUAUAUUGAUGAACAUUUCCCUAAAGAUGAAAAUUCUGGACAAACUACUAUUAUUAAAAUCAGAGUGGAAGAUGCCGAUGAACCACCAGUUUUCUCACUUGUGGAGUAUGUAAUGGAAAUUGCUGAAGAGACUCCAUAUGGUUCAUAUGUGGGCACUGUACUUGCCAGAGAUCCAGAUGUUACCAACUCUCCAAUCAGGUAUUCUAUUGUUGGCUGCAGUUUAUUCAGCAUUGAUGACAAUGGUACCAUCAUUAUAACUGAACCGCUAGACCGGGAGAUAGAUGCGUGGCACAAUCUAACUGUUACAGCCACUGAAAAAAAUAAUUUACAACAAGUGUCUGAGGCACGUGUGUAUGUACAAGUUCUGAAUGUCAAUGACCAUGCUCCUGAAUUCUUCCAAUACUAUGAGACAUAUGUUUGUGAAAAAGCAAAUGCUGGAGAGCUAAUUCAGACCAUCAGUGCUGUAGAUAGGGAUGCCUCUGUAGAAGACCAUCUGUUUUCCUUCAAUCUGUCUUCAGAAGCCACAAGCAACUUAAGUUUUAUUGUCAGAGAUAAUAAAGAUAAUACAGCUGGAGUUCUAACCAGUCAGAGUGGCUUUAGCCGCCAGGAACAGCCUGUCUUCUACCUGCCAAUCUUAAUUGCGGACAAUGGAAAUCCACCCCUUACAAGUACAAAUACUCUUACUAUCCAUGCCUGUGAGUGUGAUGAGAAUGGUGGUACCCAGGCCUGCACCUAUGGAGCACUUACCUUUUCCAUGGGUUUCAGCACAGAAGGUUUAAUUGCAAUUUUGGCCUGUAUCCUAAUAAUAUUAGUUUUUGUGUUCAUCAUCCUGGGCCUAAAACAGGGACAGAAACAGGCUCUAUUUCCUGAAAAGGGGGAAGACUUUAGGGAGAACAUUGUCAGAUAUGAUGAUGAAGGAGGUGGAGAAGAAGAUACACAAGCUUUCGAUAUAGCAGCCCUUCGGACCCGCACUGUGAUGAGAGCAAGAAAGACCCGGAAAAAUAUCACUACUGAGAUCCGAAGCCUAUACAGGCAAUCUUUGCAGGUGGGCCCCGACAGUGCCGUGUUCAAGGAAUUCAUUUUGGCCAAACUUGAAGAGGCUAAUACAGAUCCAUGCGCUCCUCCCUUUGAUUCUCUUCAGACUUAUGCCUUUGAGGGAACAGGCUCACCAGCUGGAUCCCUUAGUUCCCUGGAGUCAAGCAUUUCAGAUUCGGAACAGAAUUUCGAUUACUUAACUGAAUUAGGACCUCGCUUUAAAAAACUAGCAAGCAUGUAUGGGUCUAGAAUUCAUGUCAAGAAUUAGGUCUCUGGAGAAUUUUUUUUUCAAAGGCAUAAUAGUGUAUAGAUGAUCCCACAGUGAACCAAAUUGAACAAACCAGCAGACUGUAUGUAUAUAAACAAGUGGACUCUAUUGCCAAUCAGCUUCUCUUGAUUUUCUGGCCAUUAUUAAAGAUAAUCUAUUAUUUACUGCAACAACCCUCUAAAUUGCUUCCUAGUGACUCAAAGAGUUAAUGGCUCUUAUUAAGUGCCUGCCUCCUGUCCUAGGUCUAAAGAGUAACUUGAAUUGUAGCGAGAAUCAGAUUCUAUAAGUUGUCUCCUUGGGAGAUCUUAAUGGCAUGAUAAAACUUUGAAGUACUUAAAUGAAUGAUUGGGUUCCUCCCUUCGAAUAUUUUUUCUCUUCUAGUUCUUCCCUUGUAAAUACUCUGCCUAAAUUAAUCUUUAAAACAUCUCCAGAGUGAGAGGCAGACAGCAGGAUUAUAUUGAUUAAACAAAGCUAGAAUGCUAAAAAUACGUGUUAUAUAUAAUAAAGGUGGAAACUUGACUGUAAAAAAAAAAUACACAACAAAAACGACAUGGGAAUGUGUAUAAAGAAGCACUUAUGGGAUAUUUAUUUAUUUUUCCAAUGAUACAACUAAAAUAAUUU